GCACUUCCGGCCUUUGUAGUUUUAUCUUUCCCUCGGUUGCGGUUGUCAAGGAUUUAGAGGUGGCGCGAUCGGGCCAGCUGGCCUGUCAUUUCACGGAUGCUUCGAUCUCAGGACUUCCAGAAGAAAAGAUCAAGGGGGACUUACCAGGAGUAGAUUCGUUUUUGAACAGUUAGGUCCAAAAUGGCCACAGACUUGGCCCUUCAGAUUGCAGAGAUGCAGGAGGGACUUCUCACAGUGAAGGUAAAGGAGGAAGAAGAGGACCAGAUCUGUGGGCAAGAACCUGGCCUGCCAAGAAAUAGCCCUCACACCAGAGAGAUCUUUCGUAGACGCUUUAGGCAGUUCUGCUAUCAGGAAACACCUGGGCCCCGGGAUGCUCUUCGAAGACUCCAGGAGCUCUGCCAUCAGUGGCUCAGACCGGAGAUACACACCAAGGAGCAGAUCCUGGAGCUGCUGGUGCUGGAGCAGUUCCUGACCAUCCUACCCGAGGAGCUCCAGGCCUGGGUGAGAGAACACCGCCCUGUGAGUGGAGAGGAGGCAGUGACUGUGCUGGAGGAUUUGGAGAGAGAGCUGGAUGAGCCAGGAGAGCAGGUCCCAUUCCAUGCUCAUGAACAGCAAGAAUGUGUGAAGGAGAAGGCAACUCUAGGAGCAGCCCAGGAGUCAUCAGGUGCCCAGCUCCAAGCCUUGGAAGAGCAGCUUCGGUGUAACUUGCAAGAGGUGUGCCCAGUUCAGGAAACUGAUGGCAAGGCUGGGACUUGGGAUGUGGAGUUAGCCCCAAAGAGGAAGAUUUCUAAAGAAAUGAAAUGUCUUGUGGAAGUACCUGGAAAACUAAAUGGUGAUAUUCCUCAGGUCCCUGAAUGUGGAGACAAUGGUGACAAUGAGGGCAGAUUGGAAAGGCAGCGGAUAAGCUCUUCAGUGGAGCGACCCUAUAUCUGUGGUGAAUGUGGGAAAAGUUUCACCCAGAAUUCCAUUCUUAUCGAGCACCAGAGAACGCAUACGGGGGAGAAGCCCUAUGAAUGUGAUGAGUGUGGGCGGGCCUUCAGCCAGCGGUCAGGCCUGUUUCAGCAUCAGAGACUCCACACCGGUGAGAAGCGUUACCAGUGUAGCAUUUGUGGCAAAGCUUUCAGCCAGAACGCUGGGCUUUUUCAUCACCUCAGAAUCCACACCGGGGAAAAACCUUACCAGUGCAAUCAGUGCAGCAAGAGUUUUAGUCGACGUUCUGUCCUCAUUAAGCAUCAGAGAAUUCACACUGGAGAAAGACCUUAUGAAUGCGAAGCAUGUGGCAAGAACUUCAUUUAUCACUGUAACCUCAUUCAGCAUCGGAAAGUCCAUCCUGCAACUGAAGCCAGCUAACUCCUUGGAACAGGUAGGGCAAAAUUUCCU